CAAGCAUCACGACGUUUCCAUUGAACGGUCACGCCUUGUAAACAAAUUUCAGUCAAAAAUGUAAACUUUUGUUGUUUUGUGACAAUUAUCAAAGCGUGACAAUAAAAAAUGACAGAUACCAGCUACAACCCAGCUGCUCCCCCAGCUGCUCCCCCACCUUCCUAUGAUGAGGUGCAGGCAAUGUCGGGAGGUACACCCGGUUACCCUGGGCAACCAGGUGCAUACCCAGGCCAACCAGGGGGUUACCAGGGACAACCGGGUGCUUAUGCACCAUAUCCACCACAGGAAGGUUUUAAAUAUGAUGGUGGACCUCCCUACCCAGCACAACCUGCUUACCCUGGAUACCCGGCUCAGCCAGGUCAGGCACCGUACCCAACACAACCAGGUGCUCCCUAUCCGUAUGGUGCUCCAGCUCCCGGGGUGUAUCCCCCACCCCCACCAGGAACAGCAGUAUACAACCCACAAGGAGGUGUAACUAUUCUAAACAGACCUAAUGAUGAUCUGAGUGCAGCGGAAUCUCAGCGCAGAAUGAGAAAGAUAAUAGUGUUUUUUGGAACAUUUGUAGCUUUAAUAAUGGUCUUUUACUUUCUUGGAAAGCUCUUGUUUUAAUGCUUUUUAGCUCGAUGUUUGGAAAAAAAUGUAGAGCUAUUGCACUUGCCCCAGCAUCGGCGUCGGCAUCGACUGUUAAAGAUUUUGAUAAAAGUCAAAUAUCUCUGUUACUAUCAGAGCUUUUGACUUGAAACUUAAAAUUAUUAUAGUUAUUUACUGUCAUAGUCUACACAAGGAGAAACAAUCCCCAUAACUCUGAUAUGUAUUUUGACAGAGUUAUGUCCCAUUUUAAUUUAGAAAUCUUUGGUUAAAGUUUUAUAUAACGUCCAAUAUCUCUGAUACUAUCAAAGCUAUUGACUUGAAACUUAAAAUAUUUAUUUACUAUCAAAGGCUACACCAAAAGAAACGAUCCCCAUAGCUCUGAUAAGAAUUUUGACAGAUGUAUGCCCCUUUUACUGGCAAAGCUUUAAUUCAGAGUCAAACACUGAGAAAAGUCGAGCGUGCUGUCUUAUGGACAGCUCUUACUUGUUUGCUCACCUAGCGACAGGUUGAGCUUUUGUGAUCGCCCGUUGUCCGUCGUCCGUAAUUUCCUUGUGAACACGAUAGAGACCACAUUUUGUAUUUGAUUGUAAUCAAACUUGCAGACAACUUGUAUGGUCAUAAUAUCUUGGUUCCUUUCAAAAGCUGGCCAGAUCUCAUCAUGGGUUCAAGAGUUAUGGCCCCUUAAAGGGCCAAAAUUUGCCAUUUUUGGCUUGUGAACAUGAUACAGACCACAUUUUGCAAUCAACUUUAAUAAAACGUGCACACAACUUGUAUUGGCAUAAUAUCUCGGUUCCUUUCGAAAACUGGCUAGAUCCCAUCAUGGGUUCAAGAGUUAUGGCCCUUUAAAGGGCAAAAAUAUGCUAUUUUUUGCCUGUGAACACGAUACAGACCACAUUUUGCAAUCAACUUUAAUCAGACUUGCACACAACUUGUAUUGGCAUAAUAUCUCGGUUCUUUUCGAAAACUGGCCAGAUCCGAUCUUGGGUUGCAGAGUUAUGGCCCCUUAAAGGGCCAAAAUUUGCUAUUUUGGCUUUAGCAGCCAUACAGAGACUUCAUUUAUGGUUUGAUUUGAUACAAAAUUGCAGAAUAUCUUCAGCAACAAUAAAUCUUGGAUUCCAUGAUGAAUUUGUCAGAUCCAAUCAUAGGUGCCGGAGUUACGGCCCCUGAUUGACCCCUAAAAGAGCCAAAAUUUGGUCAUUUUUACCUUGUGAACACGAUAGAAGUGACAUCUUAUAUUUGAUUUUAACCACACUUACACACAACUUAAGUCACAAUAAGAUAUUGGUUCUUUUCGAAAACUGGCUAGAUUCCAUCAUGGGUUCUAGAGUUACUGCCCCUGAAAGGGGCAAAAUUUUCUAUUUUGGCCAUUUCAGCCAUAUAGAGGUUUCAUUUAUGCUUUGAUUUGAUAAAACUUGCACAGAAUGAUUAUCUUGAUGAUCUCUAGGCCUGGAUCGAAAGUGGAACAUGUCGGGUCAAAAACUAGGUCAUCAGGUCAGAUCAAAGGAAAAGCUUUUUAACAGCUUAGAGGCCCCAUUUAUUACCCUAUCUUCAUGAAACUUGGUCAGAAUGUUUAUCUUGAUGAUUCCUAGGACAGGUUUGAAACUGGGUCAUAUGGUGUCAAAAACUAGGUAACCCAGUCAAAUCAAAGGAAAUGUUUGUUAAUACUUGUUCAUUUGAUGUGCAUGAAACUUGGUCAGAAUGUUUGUCUGCAUGAAAAAUCGUAUGAAUUUUUAUCUGGGUUACGUGGGGUCAAAAACUAGGUCACCAGGUCAAAUCAAAGAAUAAGCUUGUUUACACCCUAGGGGGCACAUUUGUGAUUCUAUCUUCAUAAAUUUUUGUCAGAAUGUUUAUCAUGAAGUCUUGGACAAUUUCAAAUCUGGGUCACGUGGAGUCAAAAACUAGGUCACUUGGUCAAAUCAAAGAAAACGCUUGUUUACACUCAAGAGGCCACGUUUUUUGGUCCAUUGUCUUAAUGAAAAUUGGUCAGAAUAUUUGUCUCCAUGAAAUCACUAGGUAAAACACGUUUACACUGUUAUGGUGUGUUACACAGAUGAGCGAUCUAUGGCCAUCUUGGCCCUCUUGUUCUAUUGUUAUCAUGAUUUAAGCUAUCCAAUGCGCAUCUCAUGUUAUUCAGUUAAAAGAAAUGGACCUAUGGGUCUGUUGGUUUAACCCUUACCAUGCUGAACAUGAUUGAUUCUGCGUUUGCGACCAGUGUAGAUCAUGAUCGGCCUGCACAUCCGUGCAGUCUGAUCAUGAUCUGCACUGUUCGCUAUUCAGUCAGUAUCUUUUUGGUAAGCACCCCUUUUAACAGUUAAUGGUAUUGUCCAAAUUGGAAGAUGGACAAGUACAUUAUAGAAAUUUAGCAGGGUAAGGGUUGAAUAAUAGUGGACUUGUAUUGACAGUUAGCAAUUUCCAUUACUUUACAUAUUCUCUGUACAAGAUUUUAGUAUUCUCUGGUUGUUAUGAAAAAUAAUCUUCUGCUAUGGCCAAAGGAUGCUGAAAUCUCAUACGGAGGAAAAAUUAUGACACGGAAAUUGCCGAUUGUAAAUAGUCCUUCAAUUACCUUAAGCAAGAGUGUGAAUGAAAAUGUGUAAGAAAAAACCCAAGCUGAUGUUUCUAUGUUUGGAUUAAGAGGCAGUAAAGGUGUUCAUGCUUUCGUUGUGUCUUGCCAUGUUGUUUUCUUGUCCUAUUGUAGUGAUUUAUAUCUGCCAGACAAAGUUGUAUUGUGUAGACAUGUUUCAAUAUACUGCUGGCCAGUAUCAUUUAUCAAAUGUUAUGAAAUAGGCAAACCGUUUCUUAGAUUUCGUACUAUUUACAGAAUGUGGUCAUGUAUUUAGUUUAUAUCCUGGAUUUUCAACAUGUUCUGAUCCCCCAAGUAUGGCUUGAUGUUUGAAAAUGAUAAAAUGAGUGAAAAAAAGAGUAAGAUAUUUGUAGAAAUGCAAAAAUUUUUUUUUCAAUUAUAUCAAUGUUUUACUCCCUUCUUCACAAUAUUUUGGGGUAAUUUUUUAGGAUACCUUGUAAACUUCAUAUGUCAGUAAGUUUGUAUCACUGGUAACAUUCGUGGUUCCCAGGUUAUUCGACUUUUGAAAGAGAAAAAAGAAAUCACCUUCGCGUCCCUAGAUUUGCCACUAUAAUGCCACCCUUUUCAAUGGUGGAGUAUUUAGACAAUUUUCCACCAAAAUGCCACCUAAAAUGCCACCAAAAUGGUGAAAAAAUGAACAGGACAGUGGCAAACCUGUUUUCCACUAAAUUCCACCUAUUUCCACUUGUGUACACCUUUAGGUGGCAAUAAAUGGAGUAUUUAGACAGUUUUUACACCAUUAUGCCACCAUUAUGGUGGAAAAUUUGUUUGCCACUUAAUUCCACCAAUAGCCACCUUCAUGGUGGCAGUAAGUGGAGUAUUUAGACAAAAUACCACUAAAAUGCCACCAUUAUGGUGUAAAAUCUAUUUUCCACUUAAUGCCACUUAUUUCCACCAAUCCCUAAAAGGUGGCAGUAAGUGGACAAAAUUUCACCAAAACGCCACUAUGGUGGCAGUCCUAUUUUCCACUAAAUGCCACCAAAUAGCUGGCAAUAGGUGGCAACUAGUGGAAAUCGGCUGCACCUGCUGAAUCUGAAAAAAAUCUAUAGUAAGCAAAAAUCAAAUUAUAUUAAUAUAUUUUUUAUUUUUAUGCAAAAAUCAAAGACCCUUCACAAGAAAUCACAAAAGAUCUGAACACGAGGAUCAGGAUGCUGUCAAUGCAGUCUUAUUUUUUCAUAUUCCAGGGUGGCUUAAGUAGAUGGCGAAUGACUCUCCAAAUUUCACUCCUUUGGAUGUAAGGCCAUUUUUCCAGCACACAAUCUGUAACAGCAAACCAUAUAUCUAUUAAUAAAUAUAUUUUUCUAACAUUCUGAAUAAUUUUGCAGAAAAUUGUAAAUUCCCUCUAGGAAAUAUGAAAUCAAAAGACUGAACUAACUUACUGACAUAACAACAAACUCUACAAACUUAAUCUAUGUCAAAUGAUAUGCCAAAUCUUUAUUAAAACUGUGAGAAGUUUCAUCAAAAUCUACAUUGUAGAAAAAUUUCUAUUCAAUUAAUACAGGAAAAAUUCCUAUUUUUUACCAAAUCAAUUAAGGUAAAUAACUGAGCAGUGUUAAUAAGGCUUAUAAUAAUUACAUGAGGUUUAGUGAUUCUAUAGACAAAGCUGCUAUAUUUUUCCAAUUACAAGCAUUUUCAGUUAAUCUGAUGGACAGAUGAAACAGAAAGGACCACGCCAAAAAUAAUAUCCCUCUACCUUUGGCAAAAGAUAAUAAUGGCACUUGGGUUUUUCAUCACAUUUAUAAUUAAUAUUUAUCAUAAAAUAUGCUAGGAAAUUCUAUUAAUUGGUGUAUUUCUUUAAAAAUUAAGGGUUAUUUAAACAUUAGCUUUUGUAAAAACAAAAUAUUUACCUGAUUCAGAAUUAUCUUGAUAUGUUUCUUUUAUGCAGUAAUAAGCUGUAUUCUGCUCAGGUAUAUACAGCCAGGCAGGCAGAUCACAAAGUUGCAUUUUUUCACAGAAGGUUCCUGGUAUGAAAAGUUUAAAAUGCAUAUUGUAUCCUAAGUGCUAAUCAACAAUGUAAAUAAUUACAAUGAUACAAUUUUACUAGCAGUGUUAUAAACAUAAUUGAGCUAUAUUCCAGAAAAUAUAUUUUGGAUUAAUAAUCCAUCUGCCAAACUUCCUAAAAGGAGAUUAGUUGAUUUUAAUUUCAAGCUGUUUUGUAAAUGUUUCAAAUUCAAGUAUUUGUUAAGAGUAAGUAAAUAAGACAAUGUUAAAGACAGUAAUUAUAAUUUAAAAAAAAAUAAACAGUAUAAUAUUGUUACCUCUCACAAUGUGUUUCCAUUUUCUCCCUGACUGACUCAUCAAAUGCCAAAUUUCAAAUUUUGGUAUUACUACACAGAUAAAUUGAUUCCACACAUACACUUUUUUUGCUAAAGAAGGUGUCAAAUUCUUAAGUUGAAAACUAUUGCAAAAACAUCCUUUUUGUAUACACUUCUUUUUUUUCAAUCAAUGAAGAGAAAAGGCAAGAACUAUUUCUUUGCAUCUGACCUGAUGUUUGCCUGCAUAUAUAAAUCUUAACUGACCCAAAUUCCACCUGGGGUUGUUUCUAUACAUUAGUGUGGGAGCUUGUAAGUUGAUCUAUCAUUAAUCUUAUCUUUAACCAACUUUCACUCAUGCAGAAAUAAUACACUGCAGACACAUUCAAAAAUGAUCUUUUCAGAGUCAGCCAGUACAGACAAUUUCCACUAGUUGCCACCUAUUUUCCACCAUUUUCUGUAUUUCAGAAUUGUUGAUUGAAAAAGUGACUUAUUAAUAUUUACAUUGAAUAUAAUACAAAGAUGUAAUGAUUAAUAAAUAUUCUGUCUCACAAAAUAACCAAAAUUCAAAUUUUCUGUAUAAUACACCACUCUGAAUAUUAUUUUUGUCCAGCUGGAGUCAGCAUAGACUUAAUCUCAUUUUAACAAAACCCUUUUAAGGAGCCUGGGUACGUAUUACUGUUUUGCUGAUGUCGGUCAGUUGGUCUGUCAGUCUGUUGGUCGUUCGGUAUGUAGAACAACCGGUUUUCCGGAUGGUAAGAUCAUGAAACUUUAUAUGGAGGUUAGUCAUGACCAGCAUUGACCCCUAUUGACUUGGAGGCCAGUAGGUCAAAGGUCAAGAUCACAGUGACCUGGAACAGUUAAACAGUUUCCAGAUGAUAACUCUAGUGCUCUUGGGCCUAGGAUCAUGAAAGUGAAUGGGAAGGUUGAUCAUAACUAGCAGAUAACCUCUUUAGAUUAUAAGUUCAGUAGGUCAAAGCUCAAGGUCACAGUGAGCUGAAACAGUUAAGCUGUUUCCGGAUGUUAAUUUGAGAACGCUUAGACCUAUGAUCAUGAAACUAAAUAGGGACGUUGAUCAUGACCAGCGGACGACCCCUAUUGAUUUUGAGGUCAGUUGAUCAAAGGUCUAGGUCACAUUGACCCAGAACACUAGAACUUUGCUUGCCCAAUAACUAGAGAAUGCUUUGGUCUAAGAUCACACUGGAUACAGAAGUCACUUAUGACUGGUAAAUGACCCAUAAUUAUUGAUUUAAGGUCAGUACAUCAGACGUCCAGUGCACAGUGACCAAAUGAUUUUUGUUUCUUGUACAGUUACUGAAUCAAGGGGGGCAUUCUUGUGUUCUACGAGCUGUUGUCAAUGUGGAGUUUUAGCAAAGUCAGGGUCUGUAUCAGUUAGGCCUGAAGUUUGACAUUUAGUGUCCAUUACACCUUGAUUCUAACCCGAGUCCAUGUGAAUAUUUUUGUCAAGGGUAAUCCAGUGUCUUACAGUUCGCUUCUAAAUCAAACAUCACAAAAAGUUUUUUUUCCACCUAUUCGCCACCAAGAAAAUUUUCUAAGUCCCUAUUUUCCACUAAACGACGCUCAGUUUACACCAUGAAAAAAAACUAAGUUCUGCUUUCCACCAAUAUCCACCUUUCUGCCACCAUAAAGAAAAACUAUGUUAAAAUUUACACCUAAUGCCACCUAAAUGCCACCAAAAUAAAGUGGCUUUUGGUGGCAAAUUUACCACUUAUUGGAAAAAAGAGUUGAAUUACACCAAACGCCAGCUAAUGCCAGCUAUUUCCACCAAUUGCCCCCCUUUUACCAUGGAAAUAAGUGGCAAAGAGUGGCAUUAGGCGGCAAAUCUAGGGACGGGUUAAAUGUGGGAAUGAGUACGGGUAGUUUUAAACAAUUAAAAAGAUACCAACCAAACUUAAUAUAAAUGUGAAGCAUCAUUAGAUGGCACAUGCAAAGGUCAGAUCUAUACCUCCAAUGUCAGUUUUCAAGAGAUUGAAUCUAACUUGUCUGUAAGCAACAGGCAAGAUUACUUCACCUUAGGUGAUUUCAUACCUUGCUUACUAUUGACAUGUCUGUUGCUAUUUAUAUUGGUAAAUAUUGGAUGUAUAAAGCAGUAAUUUGAUUUAUAAUGUUAUAUUCCAACAACAGUGACUUAGUCUCCUAGUUUAUGAUAAAAAUCAUGUUACCAUUAUUUUGUAAGUAUUUUAUAGAAAAAAAAAGGUAUGAUCAUUUUGACUGUUUUGGCAUUUUUAGCUCGACUAUUCAAAGAAUAGGUAGACCUGUUGGACUGGCCCGUGUGUUGGCGUCGGCGUCGCGCUUUGGUUAAGUUUUUGUAUGUAAGCUGGUGUCUCAGUAACCACUUGUGAGAAUGGAUUGAAACUUCACACACUUGUUCGCUGUCAUGAUCUGACGUGCACUGAGUAGGUCCCAUAACUCUACUUUGCAUUUUUUCAAAAUUAUGCCCCUUUUUCCACUUAGCAGUUUUUGGUUAAGUUUUUGUAUGUAAGCUGGUAUCUCAGUACCCACUAAUGGAAAUGGAUUGAAACUUCACACACUUGUUCACUGUCAUGAUAUGACGUGCAUUGCAAAGGUUCAAUAACUCUACUUUGCAUUUUUACAAAAUUAUGCCCCUUUUUCAACUUAGCAGUUUUUGGUUAAGUUUUUGUAUGUAAGCUGGUAUCUCAGUACCUACUAAUUGGAAUGGAUUGAAACUUCACACAUUUAUCCACUGUCAUGAGUUGAUAAGCACUGUGUAGGUUCCGUAACCCUGUUUACGCAUUUUUACAAAAUUAUGCCCCUUUUUCGACUUUUGUAUUCAUUCAUUGACUAGACUGUUGAAUAGUCGAGCGUUGCUGUCCUCCGACAGUAGAUAUUCUUUGAAAGUGAGGCCAAAUAAUUGAGUUUCUGAAACCAUUUUAUCCCUUGCAUUGUGUUGUACAUUAACUGUUUACAGCUUGAGGUAAUCCUGAAAGAUUUCAAAUAGGUAGAUGUCUGACUGUAUUCAAGUUAUUGCUGUACUCUGUUCAACCCCAGAUAAUUGAUUAUUUAUUACAUGACUUUCGUUAUAAAUCAUCAGUUCAUAUCUUGUGCUAUUGACCAGUUAACUGAAAAUUCAUUUUGAUGUCAUGUUUGAAAAGCUUGUCAGAAAGUUGUGAAAACUAUUGGUCCUUGGUUCUAUAGAGUCUGUAAACUUUCCUCAUAAAGUUGUGCAUUUUUUUUAUUCCUGUAUCAUGUCAUUACAUUUAGUCUGCAAUAUAUAAGAGAAAAUACGGUCUAAGUUCUGUUAACAGUUUAAAUCAGCCUGUUUAAUUGUAAUGAAUGUUUCAAUAAAGUGGAACAAAUAUUACAAUUUUGGAUGCAAAACUGAAACUUUGUUUCUAUGCAUAAUGGUAUAAGAGCUUUUAUUUUUUAUUCUAAAUGUGGUAAGAAUGUAAAGUUGACAAUUUCACUGUAUAGAAAUAAUUAUUGUAACUAUGUUUAGGUUAGUACAAUAUACUUGCAUAAUGUAUGCACAAUUAGAGAGUCAGUUACAUUAGCAGGGCAAAAUCUAUUAUCCAGAUUGUAAAAGAAAUUAUUUUUUCCAGAUUUUUGUAACAAUUUCAAUUAAAACUGUAAUUGUUUCUUUCUAGGAAGAUAUGCUAGUACACUGUUUUCCAAAAAUAUUGCUAGUAUACAAUGUCAAUUUUCUUUUAGAUUUUUACUUAUUUAUUACGCCUCUUUACAUAAGUAGUAGAUCUAGCAGAUAAAGGUUGUUAUAGCACAAAUGAUUUUUUCUGUUUCCUUUAGUUAACAUGAUAAGUGCUAAUAAAUAUUUUUUUUCAUGAAAAAAAAAAACGAAUAUUCCUUUUAAACUGAAAUAAGUAACAUGUAUAAUUAUUUUGAAAUCAUCAAAGUGCUCAUGUUACAAAUGUUCUUAAAUUUCUUUCCACUCAUUUUAUUAUUAUUUUUGUGUGCAAAUGUUCUUGUUGCACCAUAUAGCCUUGGGAGACACUGAUAUUAUCCAUGCUUGCGCAAUGUGCAAUACAAAAUAUUGUAUACACUUCUAACCAGUGUUUAGUUUCUGAUGUGAUCGACAUAAUAGUCAAUAUGCGAAAGAAAAAGUAAGUUUAAAAUCAUCAGAUUGGAUUCCAGUGCUACAUGUCAUGCAGAUGUGCUUGAAUGUACUUGUCAGUGCAACAUUAUUCAUACAUGUAACCAAAGACCUAUAUGAUAUUAUUCUGUGAUAUAUAAACAGAAACACUUUCUUUGGAGAAAAUGAUUCACUUUAUAUUUACUGCAAAAUCACAACUGUAUGUCUAAUAUUAGUGAAUUCCACGAUCCCAUGGAUUCAAUGGGAUUCCACAGUUGCAUGGAUCCAACAGUCAUAUGCAUUUCGCAGUUGUAUAAAUCCGCAAAAUCAAAUUAAAAUUUAUUUUAUUUUUCAAAUGUUGCCCUGUUCCAUGAAAAAGCCGCUUUUGUUGAAACCAAAGAGUUUAAUGCCAAUGAAUGAAAUAUUUGAAUUCACAAUAUAAUUAAUAUAAGGGCAAGAAUAUUUAGUAGGAAUAUAGUUUUUUUUUUAAGUUGAGUCACACCCUGAUUUGAACUUUGCAUGAACUGUUAGGCUUAGAUCAAUCACUGUGAUUGGUUUUAUUUUGAAAGAGGCAGAAGUUCUAUUAGAUACACGUUCAUUUGAUUAAUAGGCACUUUUGUAUAAUCUGACUUCGUUUCUGAAAAGAUUAUUGUGAGCCGUAAAAUCCAGAUCUAAUCAAAAUGCAUUGUAUAUUCCAUUUGAUUUGAUUUUGUAAGAAUGUCUGAACUAAUUAUUUCAGGACUUUCAAGUGAUAUUACUCAGGAAAGGAAUUUUGAGGUACUCAGAUUAGAAAAAUUGGGUCUUUAAAAUCUUAUUUACCUCUAUAUAUCUUAGGUGCAUAUAAGAAAAAAAAUAAAAUUCCCUGCCUGAUUCUAGAUAUUGUUUGAUAGGUUUAACCUGGGAAGAAGAUAUAUUUGCCCCAGUAGAUAUUUAGCCUUUGUACUUGUGUUGUGGCCUUAAUUAUACAGUGUCACCUCCCAUUUAAUGUCAUUAAAUUACUGUUAUUGUACAAUAAGCCAUAUCAUAUACUUAAUGCAAGAUGUCUUUUAUAGUGAAAUGGAUGUGUAUCGAUAUUGCACAGCAACAUAUAGUCUUUUGUUGAGAGAUGUCACUAAAGAAAGCGUUUAGUGAUAGUACCUUUUUAGUGCAUUUAAGAAUGAUUCAUAUUAUUUGAUCUGCAUGUUUGUUGUGAUCAGUCAAGAAAUAUCGCGAUGAACUUCCAUGCAAUGAUCAAUAAAUUUUUCAAUUUUUCUUUUGGCAUUUUGUAUGACCAGAGUUGAAAUACAACUCUAAACAAGUUUAAUUGUUGUGUAACAAGAAAGCUCAGACUGAGGUUUUUGUUUAUUUGUCGACAGAAAGUGGUUCUGGGACAACUAGUGUCUUACUUUUUUUUAUCGUAAGAGGCGACUCAUAGGGUCUGACUAUUUUGUUUUACUGUAUUUCUGUAAUUCCAGCUGGUAUAGAAUUUGAUUCCAUGCCUCAUAGUUUUUAGCUCGACUAUUCAUAGAAUAGUAGAGCUAUUGAACUCGCCCAUGCGUCGGCGUCCGCGUCCGCGUCCCGAUUUGGUUAAGUUUUUGUAUGUAAGCUGGUAUCUCAGCAACCACUUGUGGGAAUGGAUUGAAACUUCACACACUUAUUCACUGUGAUAAACUGACCUACAUUGCACAGGUUCCAUAACUAUUAUGCUUUUUUACAAAAUUAUGCCCCUUUUUCGACAUAGAAAUUUUUGGUUAAGGUUUUGUAUGUAAGCUGGUAUCUCAGUAACCACUUGUGGGAAUGGAUUGAAACUUCACAAACUUAUUUACUGUGAUAAACUGACUUACAUUGCACAGGUUCCAUAACUCUAUUUUGCUUUUUACAAAAUUAUGCCCCUUUUUCGACUUAGGAAUUUUUUGGUUAAGGUUUUGUAUGUAAGCUGCUAUCUCAGUACUCACUAAUUGGAAUGGAUUGAAAAUUCACAUACUUGUUCACUGUCAUGAUCUGACAUGCACAAAGCAGGUCCCAUGACUUUAUUUUGCUUUUUUUCAAAAUUAUGCCCCUUUUUCAACAUAGAAAUUUUUGGUUAAGUUUUUGUAUGUAAGCUGGUAUCUCAGUAUCCACUAAUAGGAAAGGAUUGAAAUUGCACACACUUGUUCACUGUCAUGAUAUGACAUGCAAUGCAAAGGGUCAAUGACUCAACUUCGCAUUUUACAAAAUUAUGCCCCUUUUUCGACUUAGGAGUUUUUGGUUAAAUUCCUAUUAUGUAAGCUGGUAUCUUAGUACCCACUAAUGGGAAUGGAUUGAAACUUCACACACUUGUCCACUGUCCUGAGCUGAUAAGCGCUAUGCAGGUUCCAUAACCCUAUUUUGCUUUUUUACUAAAUUAUGUCCCUUUUUCGACUCGUAUUCAUUCAAUCGACAAGGCUUUUGAAUAGUCGAGCGUUGCUGUCCCCCGACAGCUCUUGUUAUUUUUACAUUAAUGUAACUGAGAUGUGAAACCAAAAUUUUUAGUCUUACUUGGCGCCAGAUAACCUGAACUGUGUUGGUUCGCUGUUAAACCUAAAUCAAAUUAAAGGGAUAUGUCUGUGUUUAGUUCUCGACUGUUAUAGUAAUUAUAAUUAGUGAGUUUAUGCAUUAAAGACCUGCUCCAGUCCUACCUUUUAACCUUAAAUUGUCACUGAAAAAGCAUGAAAAUCCUGCCUAUGAACAGUGACGCAUGUCAAAAUAAAGUCUAUUUUAUAGAAAAUAGUAUAUAAAAUACCUGUGGUUUUGCGUGUGGCACGUGCCUGUUAACUGUUACCUAUUGCAAUCAUAGGUCGCAUACACACAAUAGAAUUUGAAUAGCUGCGGACCAGGGCUUUAAAAAUGACGUAAACCAGUAAUGACAAUCGGCAAUUUCCGUUGAAUUACGUAUUCAACGUUUGUGCUUUCGGCAUUCUUCGGUCAUAAUUGAAAAUUAUUUUCCAUAAUCGAAACAUGCCGAAAACACUUGGAUAAUACGUAAUCCAACGGAAAUUGCCGAUUGACUUAACGAGUCCACUACAAUAAAAUGAAAAAAGUGAACUGUGGGAGUUACAUCAUAAAAAAUUGCAUGUAGAAACUUUAGGUCCUAUGAUAAUACCUUUUGAUAAUGAGCGAUACUUAUACAUAUAUGAACAAUAUAUCUUGAAAGCAAUUCAGCCGAACUUCGUUCCCUUGAACUCGGAUAAUUCAAAUACCACCAUUUGCUCAAACUCAUCGUGAGGUUCCGGCAUAUUAUUUGAUGGUUAGAACAAUCGGUAACUCAGAUAAAGUUCGCCAGUCCAUUCGAGUUCGAGCGAACGAAGUUCGACUGUAUUUGAGAAAAAAGUUAAGUAAAUAUAGAGACAUAAAUUGCUUUGAGAGUAGGAACAUUUACAGCGUUGUUACUGUUGUAGAGUCAUUCUAAUUAACUGAAGAAUAUUCACUGUAUACACAUGUAUAUUAUCCAGAUCAUUGUAUUGUUAACUAAGAAAUAAAGGAUAAAUGAACGUAUUUCAUCAAGA